CGGCGGCAGGAGCGGGAAUUCCUUGCGCAUAUUCGCUUGAUUUUGCUGCUCUGGUUCUUGCUGCUGCUUCUUCUUUGAUUCGGGGAAUUGGGUUGUCUGAUCUGAGUGGGUGCAACUGCAACCGCAACCGCAACCGCAAUCGAUCUUUUUUCUUUAUUUUUCUUUCUUUCUGUGUGGUGCUGCUGUUAUCAGCUCCAAUGAUUGGUUGGUGAGCUUUUCUUGGCUUUUGAGUGCGGCGAUAGGUAUGUGGCUAGCUGGUCUCUCUGAAUUGCGAGGGCUUCUUCUUGGUGUUUCUGUCCGGGUUCUUCAGUUCAGGAGCUGGGAGAGAUUGGGAGCCCUGGCUGUGGAUUUUAGUGCAGCCUGGAGUUUGUUUUCUUGAGGAACUGAAGGUAUUGGGGGGUUUUGGCCGCAAGUUCUUGGUUCCCCUGUUUUUGUUGCCUGAAGAAAUUAUCCCCUCUUCACCUCUUUGCUACCAGUGGAGCUGGCUUUGGAGCUUGGUUACAGUGGGAAUUCCUUCCAUCUUUGCUUGCUGAUCCUUGAAUCUUUGUUUCAUUGGAUGCCUUGAUGAAACCCAUGCUAAAUCAUCCCGAAUCAUCGGUGCACGCCCGUAUCUUCGGUGGUUGCUGCUGAGCUGGUGAAGGAGCCCCGAGGAGUCCUGCGCACGCCUCGGCCGUCAAUAAUUGAUCAGACAAGGCAGGUCAAUUAGAAUCGUGAUUGAGUUGACUUCACAAGUGGCAUGCAGUUGCUUCAUAAGUGAGCAGUCAAAGUUGUGACAUGUCUAAUUAUUACUCGAGCCCGGGUGACGAAAGGGACCCGCAAACCAUGUACUCACCAGACACGGGAAACGCAUCAUAUCCCGUGCCGUCAGCCCUGGGGAACUUGCUCUAUUCAAACAAUGCAUCUUCUGUACCAUAUACGGAAUUCAGUGGCAUUAUCCAGUCCCAGCAGAAUUUCAUGGAGCUGCAUGGCCAUCCUUCAGAACAUUCAUCAUCAAGGGAACCUCCUAACAUGGUCACCUCGCUUACAGAGCAAAGCUCCUUUGCUCCUGUCAAAGAUAUGAGGAAUGAGAUGUUAAUGCAUUUCAUGGAUGGUGCACAGAGUGGUGCUGGUGGUGGUGAUCUCAUCCACAAUGAUGCCCAUAGCAGUGCACAGCUUGAUUUCGGCUUGUUGAACAACCCCAGUUCGGCGAGUGUUCCAUUGGCACCAGGCCAAGGAUUGUCCCUGAGCCUCAACACGCAUAUCCUGGCACCUUCAUACCCAUACUGGUCCCCAAAGCCAGACUUGCUGACAACCCAAUCUUACCAGGGCGAUGAAAACGGAAUGAAGAAUAUGCAGUCGGAGGCCUCACGGGCAAUCAGGAAUUCGAAGUAUCUAAAGGCAGCACAAGAAUUGCUUGAUGAGAUUGUCAGUGUUUGGAAGAGUAUAAAGCAGAACGCGCAGAAAGACAAGGUUGAAGCAGGAAAAAUGGAUGGCAAAGAUGCCGAUGAGGUGUUGAAAAGUGAGGGGGUAUCUUCCAAUCCACAGGAGUCUACUGCCAAUGCGGAACCUGAGAUUUCUGCAGCUGAGAAACAAGAGCUCCAGAAUAAGAUGGCGAAACUUUUGGCCAUGCUGGAUGAGGUUGACCGAAAGUACAAGCAUUAUUUCCAUCAAAUGCAAAUUGUAGUGUCGUCUUUCGAUAUGAUUGCUGGGUCUGGAGCUGCCAAACCUUAUACUGCAGUUGCCCUUCAGACAAUAUCGCGGCACUUCCGAUGUCUGAAGGAUGCUAUCAACGACCAGGUUAAUGUUAUCCGAAAGAAACUGGGAGAGGAGGAUAGUUCAUCGGGCAGAGAGGGCAAGUUAACUCGCCUCCGUUACAUUGAUCAGCAGUUAAGGCAACAACGAGCUUUCCAACAGUAUGGUAUGUUACAGCAAAAUGCCUGGAGGCCACAGAGGGGACUGCCUGAAAACUCAGUUUCAAUUCUUCGUGCUUGGCUGUUUGAACACUUCCUUCACCCGUAUCCAAAAGAUUCAGAAAAGCUAAUGCUAGCGAGGCAAACUGGUUUAACAAGAAGUCAGAUUUCGAACUGGUUCAUCAAUGCCCGUGUCCGCCUAUGGAAACCGAUGAUCGAAGACAUGUAUAAAGAAGAGACCGGGGAGGCAGAGCUCGACUCAAACUCCUCCUCGGACAACUUACCAAGAAGCAAGGACAAAAUGGCGUCUUGUGAAGACAAGGAAGAUCUGAAAUGCUCCAUGAGCCAGGGCCAGGCUUACCAAACAAGUGAGUUCAAAGCCAACAUGGAGAUGGCGGGUCUCACCGGAGCGCCGCCCAGCUUCCACAGCGAGGCAAACUCCGACGACGGCUUCAUGAACCUGCUGCUGAAGGACCAAAGACCGGGCGAGGCGGACGGCGGUCUCCUCCAUGGCGACGAGAGCGCGCGGUUCAUGGCCUACCAUUUGGCGGAGCUCGGGGGAUACCAGAACAGCAACGUGUCGUUGACGCUAGGACUGCAGCACGCCGAGAACAGCCUCUCAGCUCCGAACGCUCACCGGCCAGGGUUCACGGCCGGCGGAGGGGAAGAGGAUAUCUACAACACCACCGGGGCUCAUCCCGGCGGUGGCGACGCCGUGGCCUCUUCGGACUACGAGCCGACGAACCAGCUGGAUCAACGGCAGCAGUUCGAGCCGUCGCCCCUGCUGCACGAUUUCGUGGCCUGAAUGAACUGAAACGCUCGCCGGUGAACAUUGGAGGGAGAUGAUGAUUAUUUUGUAAUUUGUAGGGCCAUGGUAAUAACGUGCCUGGAGAAGCAUGGAAAUUGUAGCUGUAGUUGCAUUUGGUAUAUAGAAGAGAGAGGGGGUAUAGCAUGAAAUGUAUUAUAAAUUUGUGGGGGUGGGGGUGGGGGUGGGGUAAAUAAUUUUUGUAAAGAUGAAUGGGAAUGGGUUAUACGUGUAAAAGGUUAUGACGGGAGACGCACCAUCCUGUAAAGAAGUUACGGUAACGAAUACUUCUGGACAGUUAUCUAUCGGGCAUAUGAAAGGUAA